AUGGCGGAGCGUGUGUCUGUGAAUCAGGGGGUGUACUACUUCGACACCAAGAGCGGGUGGCUGCGUGGCACCGUAAAGGAGGUCGAUGGCGCCAAGGUGACGGUAGAGGACAAUGCUUCCCAGAAUGCCGUGAAGGUGAUCGCCGAUAAUGUUCAUGGCUACAUCUCGGAAAGCUACGAUGCCGAGGACGCAGAGCUCUUCCACGUGAGCGAUCUGCACGUGGCUACUCUCUUGCACUGCGUCAAGGACCGUUUUGAGAAGUUGCACAAGCAGUACUCGCUCAUGGGGGAGAUGGUGCUCUCCGUCAACCCAUUUCGCCUCAUGCCCUUCAACAGCGAAGAGGAGCGCAAAAAGUAUCUGGCCCUACCGGACCCCCGCAUGCUGCCGCCGCACAUCUGGCAGGUGGCGCACAAGGCCUUCAAUACGGUCUUCGUUCAUGGGCAGGGCAACCAGUCCAUCGUCAUCUCCGGCGAGUCCGGUUCCGGAAAAACCGAGAACGCCAAGAUGCUCAUCGCGUACCUGGGCCAACUGAGCUACAUGCACAGCAAGAACACCUCGCAGCGCAGCAUCGCAGACAAGAUCGACGAGAACCUGACGUGGAGCAACCCCAUCAUGGAGUCGUUCGGCAAUGCCCGCACCGUGCGCAACGACAACUCUUCGCGCUUCGGCAAGUACAUCAAGCUCUACUUUGAUCCUGUAUCCGGCGUCAUGGUGGGGGGCCAGACCGUCACUUACUUGCUGGAGAGGAGCCGCAUCAUCAUGCAGUCUCCUGGUGAACGCAACUACCACAUCUUCUACGAGAUGUUGGCGGGCCUGUCGCCGACAGAGAAGCAGGAGCUUGGCGGGCUCAAGACUGCCCAGGACUACAAGUGCCUGAACGGCGGCAACACCUUCAUCCGCCGCGGUGUGGAUGGCAAGCCGCUCGACGACGCGCACGAGUUUCAGAUGGUGCGCCGCGCGCUCUCCAUGAUCGGUGUGCCGCUGGAGACGCAGGGCUGCAUAUUGCGCGUGCUGGCGGCCAUCCUGCACCUGAUGGAGGUCGAGUUCGAGUCCGACAACAACGACAAGGCGCAGAUCGCGAACGAGACACCGCUCGCGACGGGGUGCGCGCUGCUCUGCCUGGACGAGGCCAAGGUGCGCGAGUGCUUCCUUGUGAGGAGCAAGACGUCGCUUGUCACGAUUCUGGCCUCCAAGACGGAGGCGGAGGGCCUGCGUAACGCCUUCUGCAAAGGACUGUACGUUGGCAUGUUCGACCGACUGGUCGAGUUUGUGAACGCCGCCAUUCAGCCCCAGGUGGACUGCAGCGACUGCAAGUACGUCGGCCUGCUCGAUAUUUUUGGCUUCGAAAACUUCACGAUCAACAGCUUCGAGCAGGUCUGCAUCAAUUACGCGAACGAGUCGCUGCAAAACCACUACAACAAGUACACGUUCAUCAACGACGAAGAGGAGUGCCGGCGCGAGGGCAUCCAGACCCCAAAUAUCGAGUUCCCAGACAACUCCGAGUGCGUCAACAUGUUCGAUGCGAAGCGCGUCGGCAUCUUCUCGAUGCUGGAUGAGGAGUGCAACUUCAAGGGCGGCAACACAGACCGCUUCACCACGAACCUUUGGGAAGAGUGGGCCAGCAAGAACCAGUACUUUGUGAAGCCGAAGAGCACGAUCCCGAACCAGUUCGGCGUGAACCACUAUGCCGCCUUCGUCAACUACAACACGGCGGAGUGGUUGGAGAAGAAUACGGACGCGCUAAAGGAGGAUAUGUACGAGUGUGUGAGUGAGUCCACCGACGAGUUCAUUCGGACCCUUCUCUCGACGGAGAAGAGUGAGGCACGCCGGAAGCAGACCGUUGCCAUCCGCUUCCAGCGCCAGCUCACGGACCUGCGCUCCGAGCUGGAGUCCACCGAGACGCAGUUCAUUCGCUGCAUCAAGCCAAACAUGGAGGCAAGCCCCUCGUUUCUCGAAAACCUUCUCGUCGGCUCGCAGCUUGAGUCCGCUGGUGUGCUGCAGACCAUCUCCCUCAAGCGUCAGGGCUACCCAGUGCGCCGCCCACUGGAGCCGUUUUGCAGGUACUUCUACCUUGUCAUGUCCCGCACCACCGCCUCCUUGUUCAAGCAAGGGCGCUACGGCGACGCGUCCCAGGACUUUCUGCAGCGGCACCAGCGUCUUUACAACUGGGCGCAGCCCAACUACGCCGUAGGCCAGACGAAGGUGUUCCUCCGGGCCGAGGUUUGGUCGGCGCUGGAGCGGCUGGUGCUUCGUCGACGCGCGCAGCUGCUGCACCGCUGCAAGCCCUACCUGUGCCGCUGGAUCGAAGAGCUCCGCGAGCGCAGGCGCAUCGAGCAGCAGAAGCGGCUGGAGGCAGCGCGCAAGCUGCGCGAGGUGCGGGAGGCCAAGGCCGCCGGCGCCGCCAAUGGUGUCCCGGCGGAGACGCUGCAGUGGGUCGAGGAGGCGUCCAACGUGUUCCCAGAGUUCGACAUGGAUAUGCUAAUGGACGUUGCCGUGGAGGCGGACACGCGCGAGGAGGCUCUCAGCGCCAUCCUUGCCAUCCAGGCUGACCGCCUUGACAAGCAGACAGCUUCUGGAUUCAUGGACGUGAUGACGGCUGCGAACGUGCGCCGUGGCGCCAUCAACAACUUUAUCUCGGCUGACAUCAAGACGGUGUCGGCGCUGUCGAAGCUGCAGCCGGAGGAUAUGAAGAGCCUCGGUGCCAGUGAGAUGGAGGUGGUGGCGAUCACGAAGAAGCUGACGGAGCAGCAGGGGCAGCGCGUCAAGUACCAGCGCCUCGCCGAAGCCAUCGGCACGGACGGAGAAUAUGCCGCCACUGACGCCGUUCAGCGCGCCGAGAUGGCUCGCCACCAGGAAGACUUCGACACCAAAGUGCAGGCCCUUGCCAGCAUGGGGUUUGAUGAGUCUAUCAGCCGUCUCGUGUUAGCGCACUACAACGGCGACGUGCAGCGCACGGCGGCGCGCCUACUUUAUGGCGUGGACAGCCGUAAGAUGAAGAACAACGCGCGUAAGCACAAAGACUUUAACACGACAGACGCCAACGUGCAGCAGCUCAUUGCUCUCGGUGCCACGAAGCAGAAUGCAAAGAUGGCACUACGUCGCAACAGUGGAGACGCGAACGCUGCCGCUAAGAUGCUGUUCAAGGUGAGCUAG